CUGUGUAGACGGACUCGACCAUAGCGGUCAAAUGCGCAGAAACAGAAUGACAGCCUCGCGCACGGCCUCGCGUUGAUACCUCCACCUGCCUCCAAAUGGCCCCAUACACACCGGUCUCCCUCCGACGCAGCGAUACCGAGGAUGGCAGUUGGCGAGCAUUUGCUUCGGACGAGGACUUUAUCAUUGAGUCAUGGAGUCAAGGAUUUCUUGUCGGAUCGCUGCUUAUAAUGGCUUGCAUAACGGUUGCGAAUAUGAGAAGAGGUGUCUUGCUGCAUAAGUUGAUUCUACUCGAGCAACUCGCGGCGCUUUCUCAUGGCACGUUCUGCUUCAUGGCCUUCAAAGGAUACGGCUGGUAUCUGUCUUCGACUGCCACCCUGCUCUAUUGCUCCUGGAUCGUUCACAAUGUCGUGGCGUGGAUGAAGAUUCGACCUUUCUUCACGGACUCGAAAUCAAUGUUCAAGCCCUCAACUGGCAAAUGGGUGCGCAGGAUCUACUUGGGUACAUUAGCCUGCACGGUCCCACCGAUCAUCUUGCAGAUCUACGACAACUUCCGGUUCUUCAAUAACAUCAGCGACUUCUACGUCAAAGUCAGGCCGUAUGAGCCUCUGAUGCGUGACCCCUGGUGGUGUUUCUCCUGCUUCACUCUUUUCCAUAUUAUCCGCAAGUGCUAUGGUACAGGGGUCUUUGAACUAAUCAAGCGGUCUCCACGAUUCGGCAUUCUGUUGUGCGCCAUCUGUCUGGCGAUGAUUUUCACAGCUUUCGAUAUCUCGGCGAGCAUUCACAACUUCAUCGGAUCUACCGACGGGAUCAAUCCGUUCUGGAAAUUGAGCCUUGUGUUCAAAUGUCUCACCGACACAAUCAUGCUCGACGAUUUCAAGACCGAGUUAAAAAGGCUAGGCAUCAAACGAAUGCGACACGACGAACUACGGCGGCAGAGCACUGCACUUGUGGCUGAUCACUUGGAGUCCAAGGAUGAUGAUGGGCAUAUGGAGUUCUCCACAGCCUUGAACAUGCAUCCCAGCCAGCUGCGAACCAUCCGCGACAGCGACAACAGUCUCAGUGACAGUCCGCCAGGAAGAUUGCGGCAUGACUCGAUCGUCGAAUCCCGAAGGGACUCGAAAGAAUCCAUCGGCAAAUCAGGGAAGAAGUUGGGCCGUCUACCUGGACUGGAGUUCUCUUUCAUGCCGGGAAGAAAGCGUAGCAAGAUCGACGACGAGGAGAAGCCGGAGGAGGACUCGGCUCCUUCAUCAGCGCCUGACCGAUUGACGCAGAUGAGGCAAAGUCUGGGCGUGCGUGACUAUAAUCCCAGGUGAAACAUCAACUAGGAGAAACGCGAUUAUGAAUUUACGAGUAAUGUCUUGCACCAAAGCCCUGACUUCAUGUCGAGUUGAGUCAUGCCAGAUGUUAUUGUACAGUCAAGGCAUUGGGCAAAUGGAUUUGC